AUGAGUUCCAAGUCAAAAUCCAUAGGGAUUAUCGGAGCUCCUUUUUCAAAGGGACAGCCACGAGGAGGGGUGGAAGAAGGCCCUACAGUAUUGAGAAAGGCUGGUCUGCUUGAGAAACUUAAAGAACAAGUGAGUAAGAAUUUUUUAAUUUUAGAGUGUGAUGUGAAAGAUUAUGGUGACCUGCCCUUCACGGAUGUCCCUAAUGACAGUCCCUUUCACAUUGUGAAGAAUCCCAGGUCUGUGGGAAAAGCGAGUGAGCAGCUGGCUGGCGUGGUGGCAGAAGUCAAGAAGAACGGAAGAGUCAGCCUGGUGCUGGGCGGAGACCACAGUUUGGCGAUUGGAAGCAUCUCCGGCCAUGCCAGAGUCCACCCUGAUCUCGGUGUCAUUUGGGUGGAUGCUCACACUGAUAUCAAUACUCCACUAACAACCACAAGUGGGAACUUGCAUGGACAACCAGUGUCUUUCCUUCUGAAGGAACUAAAAGGAAAGAUUCCUGAUGUACCAGGAUUCUCCUGGGUGACUCCCUGCAUAUCUGCCAAGGAUAUUGUGUAUAUUGGCUUGAGAGACGUGGACCCUGGGGAACACUACAUUUUGAAAACUCUGGGUAUUAAAUACUUCUCAAUGACUGAAGUGGAUAAACUGGGAAUUGGCAAAGUGAUGGAAGAAACACUCAGCUAUCUACUAGGAAGAAAGAAAAGGCCCAUUCAUCUGAGUUUUGAUGUUGAUGGACUGGACCCAGCUUUCACACCAGCUACUGGCACACCAGUUGUAGGAGGUCUGUCUUACAGAGAAGGUCUCUAUAUCACAGAAGAAAUUUACAAAACAGGAUUACUCUCAGGAUUAGAUAUAAUGGAAGUGAACCCAUCUCUGGGGAAGACACCAGAAGAAGUAACUCGAACAGUGAACACAGCUGUAGCAAUAAUCCUGGCUUGUUUUGGAGUUGCUCGGGAGGGUAAUCAUAAACCUAUAGACUAUCUUAACUCGCCUAAGUAA